UCAUUGCGUUAAUGGCAAUCAUUACGCCUAUAAAAGUCAUCUGCCCUACUACUUUCCACUUUCCCUUCAUUUCUCCCUAGUUCGCACCCGAAACUGUUCCAUUCUUCUCUUAUUCGCUGCUGUGAGGACACCCUCUGACAGUCCAAAGCAGCCCAAGUCGCUUCCCUUCGUCGGCUGGUUGCCCCGACAAGACUGAUCCUCGACGAAACAUUCUAAUCUGGCAUGGCAGAGCCAAGGCAACGUCGUACUUACCCAGAAGGGCAUGCAGGAAGCUAAGGAAUGUGGGAGGAGAACAAGGGAGAUAAUUGAGAGCGAUGGUGCCCCCGACUGGAAGGUCUACUUCUAUGUCUCGCCUUACAGGAGAACUCUUGAAACGUUAAGGAGUCUUGGGAAGGCAUUCGAGUCAUCCAGGAUCUCCGGCGUGAGGGAGGAGCCUCGUUUGCGUGCACAGGAUUUAGGAUUUAGGGAGACUCUUAGGAAAGAGAUUGAGAUUGGACGCUUUCAACUAUCCGGUGAAUGGAACUCAAACAUGAAUUUGGUCUUAGUUUCACAUGGUCUAACUUUGCGAGUUUGUUUGAUAAGGUGGUACAAGUGGACAGUGAAGCAAUUUGAGGGCCUUAACAACUUCACUGAUGGAGGAUGCCUGUGAUGCAAACAGGACAUGGUGGAAGGUGACUUCCAUUUUUCGACUUUGUUAUAACGGGACCAGCACAUUGGGGAGCUGAAGGAGAAGGGGCAUAGGCUUGGGAAGCUGUUUGCUCUGGAAUUUGAGACUAAGAAAUCUUCACCGGAUUCUUGUUUUCUAUCUGCUUCUAGUUCCUCUAUUUCUUCAUGUAAUAAUGUGUCAUUUAUGGCAUAGACAUUUGGGCCACUCAUGCUAAGAAUUUGGAUUAUUUAUUUUCCUCUAGUUGUUUGCCUUUGAAUACUUCUUUAGUAAAAAAUAUUGAUAAAUCUUGUUUAACUUGUUGCUAUAGUAAAAGUCA